AUGAAUCCUGGUGAAGUCACCUACAUGCAUGAUAAAAUUGGAAUACAUCGUUUACAGAAUUCUAGUAAAACAGAGACUGCUAUUACAUUACACUUAUACUGUCCACCUUAUACAGAAUCGAUGAAUUUUGAAGAGUCUACUUCGAAAACAAGUAAAGUGAAUGUGAUAUUUCAUAGUAAAUUUGGUAAACAGAUUGUGUAA